AUGUGUUUUCACUUUUUUAAUGAUUCCCAAAAACAUUUAAACAAACAAUCAAAAUCAUGUUAUUCAUUUUCAUGUUUCAACAAAAAGACAUAUAAUGAAGCAAAUGAAACAACACAACCAAAUAAUGAAAAUAAUGAUUUGGAUUUUUAUGGUCAAUUUUUUUGGGAAGGAAUGCCUAUAUAUAUGGGAAAGUUACCCCGAAGUGCAAAAGUAAAAGGUUACAAUAUUACAUCAGAUAUUGUUUUAAAUUUCGCUCAAAAAAACUUAAAUUUAGCAAACAAACAUAAUACUUUAAUGAAGAUUUUCCAAUUAGAUCACGAAUAUGAGAAUAGUAAUAAAAAAAAAUGCUUUAAAGAUAUUUUUCAAGAAUCUGAUUCUGAUAUUUUUUAUCCAAGUGAAUUUUUUGAAGAGACAAAUAUUGCGCAAAUAUUUAAAAAGAAUAAUUUUGAUUCUUUAAAUGGCAAACUUAAAACUAUACCGGAAAACGAGUCUUUACACUGCUUUCAUACAGAAUUUUAG